UUUUUUUGAAGGGAAGUCAGCAAAGGAGGAACUAAGUGAUAUCAAAACAUGAAGGGGCUUGUGUUCAUCAAUUUCUUACUUAUUUUGCUUGCAAACACUAUAGAAUCAAGGCACGAGCCAGGAAAUCAUCACUGGAGAAAUUUUAUCGACGACAAGUUGUUGCAUGAAGAAAUUCAAGAAUUUAUCCAUUCUGAUCCAAACUCACUUCGUUAUGAAAAAGAAACAGAAGAUUGUACCGAAACGUUGAAGAUUGAAGAUGGAAAGCUUUUUGUCAAAAAUAUUGAGUCUCGACCCCAAGCUACAUUUGACUUAGAUAUAGUCAAAACUAAACUUUUUUCUAAAGACAUAGAACUCCGACCAAGUGCAUCAUUUUAUCCCGACGACACCAAAAAAAAGUUUAUUGCUGAAGAUAUAGAACCACGACCAAAUCUCUCAUUUUAUCCAAAUGUUGUUAAAGUCGAACUUCUUUCCAAAGACAUACAACCACGACCAAGUGCCUCAUUUUAUCCAGAUGAUAUCGAAACAAAUCUUUCUAUCAAAGAUCGCGAUCACGAUGACCUCGAAGCUAAAGAUUUCCGGGUUGAUGCUCACCAUGACAAAGCUGUCAUAGAGGUCGCACAUGCUUAAUGUUAUGUCAAAACAUGCCAUAGAAAUAUACGAGAAUAAUUGAUCUCUUAAGGGAUUUACGAAUCCUUUAAGCUAUGAUCUAACGUGUUUACCGUUUGUGUAAUUUACUUUUCUGUUCAAUAAAAUUAACCGUGGGAAACUCCUCAAGGAACUAAACA